AUGAGAAUAGUCAGAGAAGGUACGGAGACUGUAUUUGAAACAGUCUACUUGAGGGAGAGAGAUUUUGUUUCUGAAUGGAACGCUUUCACGAGGACGAGCAACCGCAUUGGCGGCUAUCACGAUUCAGAUAAUAUAGUUUUGCCGCUGUUGAAACCGUCAACAUUACAGAUUUGUAUAGAAUGCUAUCACAAUGACGAACAUUUCAGCGGAGAUGAGCUUGACCAGCUGGAACACUCGGUGCGAAAUGGCAUCAGAUUUUGGGAAGAAGAGUUGCUAUACGAAGUGAAAACGAUUUGCCAGCAGAAGGGAUCGAUUAUUUUGAGCCUGGGGUGCAGAAUCUGGACUACUGACAAAAUGGUCACGCUCUUUGAAAAGCCUACUUCCCUCAGAGCCCAUUUACAUUUGCCAGGAGUCGUGUUUUUGGAGUAUCUGAAAUUGGAAUGCAAAUUCUACAACAGUACAGAUGACGAGAAUUUGAAUAUCAGCGACACCCUGCCACAGUUUAAUGAGUACUUGGCCUCAUUAAUUCUGUCGCAGCUGGAAUUCAGAUUUCCCAUGGUUUUUUCGAUGAUAAAUAGACAAAAAUUCCAGCAGCAAAGUACGGAUCUGGCACCAUUGGCAUAUUCAUUGACAAAUUCAUCUUCCCUGUUACCUCUUUUAGUUCAGCUAAUUGCCAACGAUCGUACGGCUACUACAGUUUACCAUCUAGCAGGUUUACCGAAUCGAAGUGAAAAAGUCUCUUCAAAUAAAUUUCAAAUUUUCAAAUGA